GAUGUGGUCAUGUUAUUAGUGACCUUGUUAGUGAGGGUUAAAUGCUAGCACAUGUCGACAUGUUAUUGAUAGAACCGGUUCGUUCGAGUGACCCUGCUAGUGGGGGUUAUACACCAGCAAAUAGUGUGCCUGCCAGUGGGAGGUUUAUAACAUUGGCCGUGACCUAUAGAGGAGAUGUCUAUUUCGUUCUCGCAAUGUAACUGUUUUCGUGAUUACACUGGUUGGCAGGCUAUAAGUUUAAUAAGGGGCACUCCAUAUUUACUUACUGAGUUAUCUCACCUAGUUUUCCUUGUCCACCAUUUCAGAAAGCGAAGUCAAGGACGGGGAAACCACGGGAAGUGACGAGUUAGAAGGUUAGCCAUUUCGAGAUUGAUAUAGAUUUUAGAAAUAAAUCAUGUUUUUGUAA